AUGUGGGCUCGGCCAAUCGGCCUGCUUUCGCGUCACUCGGCUGCCCCCUCCUGCGGGCGGACAAACACACAGACAUACAGACAUCCAGACAGACAGACAGAGCGACAAGUGAACAUGCUGGCCACCGGUUCAGUUGAUAGGGCAGUCGACGUUGUCGAGGCCUGCUCUUGGCAUCCGACCUCGCCAGCUGCCCGGUUUCCCAGACGGCGGAUUAUGACCAGCCCAGUCGGGGCAUCGCAUCGUUUGGGAUUACCGCUUCUUGCGUGUCAAUGUGCCCUUGUCAACCGUCGACUGGCCGGCUUCGAGGCGGCCGCAUGUGAACGGGACUCGAGCGCGCGUCGUCUCGUUGCACGGCCGCGCGCACAUGCAGCCGCGCCGUGUGGACCGCGAUGA